AUGGCUCACCCUGUACGGGAUACCUCGACUCCAGCUAUUUUUUAUGCCAAAGAAAUAGUUGAUUGGGUGCUAACAAGAAAAAUAUUUACGGAGUCUCCAGACGAGUUUGUUCUGGUUCUUUUUGGAAAUAACGAGACUAAAAAUCCUUUCUCCAGUACUUUAAACAUAUAUUACUGUGAGGAAGAGAUGCAGUUGCCGACGUUUGAUUGGCUGAAAUAUCUCGAGAAUGAGGUUAAAGUGAGCGAAGAAGUCGAAGGGGACUUUCUCACAGCUCUGAUCGAAGCUGUAGAUUUUAUGCGGUCCUCCUUGAAAUCAAAGGCAGAAAAUGUCGUCACAGGAAUAAAUAUCUUAUUGGUCACUAACUUACUGGGCCAUAACUUAGGAGGGUCACAAGAAGAUUUCGAUGACGCAAACGCUGCAAUCAACGGAAUCACGUCUUUAAAUAUUAGUCUGAGUGUCAUAGGCCCCGACAUUCAGUGUAUGGAAGAAAAUUUAGACGAUGAAGCCAUGCCAGAAAGCGAACAGUCUGUAGCUAAGGAGGAUGUAAAACUUACUUUUAACGAGCGACUACUGACUCAUAUAGUCGAGGGGUGCAAAGGAGUUGCGUACUCGUUCAGCGAAGCGUUGCCUAUAUUGCAACAUUUUGUUCCACGGCGAGUCACAGCAAGAGGCCAAAGAUUUUUAUUCGAAAUUGGUGAAGGCGUCAUGUUACCACUCUUGUUUUACAAAAAAAUACAGCUUGCAGACAUGAAUUUGAAAUUUAAAAAAUUUGACGUUUCUUCAAAUUCUGAGGUGAAACGCGAGACUGUAUAUGAAAGAAUUUGUUCGGAAGAUGAUGAUACUUUGGGGAAUGAAAGGGGUUUUUCAAAGCCAUCUUUGUUGACGAAAGAAGACGUGGUUAGGGGCUACACUUUUGGUGCGACAAUCGUACCGUUUAAUGAUGCUGAUAGAGAGGAAUAUGGUUGGAAAAAGGAAGUUCGGAGUCUUCGUCUCAUACAGUUUUCGCAGCGAUCUCAGAUAUUACAUCAUUAUUUAAUGGAUGGCACAGCGUAUUAUUGUAUUCCUCCUCCUGACGAUAAAAGUUUGGCUAAUUUUGCAGACAGUUUACGUCAGAAGGAUGGAUGUGUAGCUGUUUCUGCAUUAGUUCGGGCUCUUGUUGAAGAAGAUAAAGUUGCUAUAGCUCGUUAUGUUUAUAACGCGGCGUCUCAUCCUCGCUUACUGGCUCUUUUUCCGAAAAUUAGCAAAAAAGGGGUUGAUAUGUUUAUUGGAAUACAACUUCCGUUUUAUGAUGAUUUUCGUGGUUUAGAAUUUCCUGCCUUGGAGAACUCUACUUCUGAGGUUAAAGGUGUGCUUUUGAUAGUUUGGCACAGCUUUUUAUGUGCUGAGCAAAGUCUUGCAGUAGAAGCACUAAUUAAAGCAAUGGAUCUUUCCAACUCCUACUUAGAUCCGGAAACUAAUGAAUAUGGUGAGGAUUUGCGCCCAAAAAAUGUGCCUAAUCCGAAAUUGCAAAUGCUUUGCGAGGCAGUAAAAUUUAAAGCUUUGCAUCCAAACGAGCGCUUACCCCGGUUUGAGUGUAGGAUUCUCGAUGAACUCCUCAAUCCUCGGCCUCAAAUAAAAGAGAAGGCUAAUUUUGGGAAAGACCAGAGUUCAUUGCCGAGCAGCGGACAUUUUAUCACUACGGAUGAUCUUAAGAUGGAAGAGUAA